AUGACGGAGUCUCACGGACACUGUGGAAUAUAGCGCGAUACCACAUGGGAACACAAGUCUAGGAAAUAUAAAUAAUACACCCUGAACAAACGGCUAAUAUUGACAGUACUGAGCGGCUGCUGGCAGCCCUAAAACAGUGUGUACGAAGACCUGGGUUGAAAGAGAUUUCGGAUUCAUAAAAAUGAAGUUGUCCCUCAGUAUAGCACUGCUCGUGGCUACAUGCCUAGUAGUCUGCAGAGCACAGACAGGCAGUGUCUUCAACUGCAAGAACCCGGGUAACAACUGCAUCAACGGAGUGUGCAACUACUCCAACGGCAUUUGCGUUUGCAACACUGGCUAUGAAGGAGAGAGCUGCCACAUCUUUUCAGCCAAUAAGUGCACCAGCCUCAGCUGUGGGGUUAAUGGCGUGUGCGAGACACGGUCAGGGGUUGACAAGUGUGUCUGUAACGCUGGCUACUCGGGGGCAUCAUGCGAGUUGGCACCCAUGAAUUGCCAGUGUCUCACAGAUAGAAUGAUCGUGUCAAUGGCACCUCCUGGUGACUUUUCUAACGGAGAGGGUUACGUUGAGAGUUACAGUGCCGAACCCACCUGUAACACGGCGCGCAUCGGCAACACCCAAACCAUCACCGUUAGCUAUUUGGCCGGCAGGUGCGGAACGGCUACCAGGAGAGACCUACCGAAUGGCUAUGCGUAUACCCGAACUUUCGUCUACCGCUACAGCCGUAUUAUCCGUACCGGCACCGACAUCCGCUUCCAGUGCAACUGCAUCUUCGACCCCAGUAACAACGUCCUCUACGCCAGCUUUGGAAACAUCAACCCCAAUGACUUGAGCAACCUGAUCUUCCAAAAUGCCACCAACUACAUCUCGCCCAUCACCUACACUAUGACCAACACCUUGGGUCAGACCAUCAACCAAGGCUCAGCGCUCAGGAUCGGAGAUGAGAUCGUGCUCACCUUCAUCGCUGAUGGCGGCUACUGUGCUGUAUUCGACAGACUGGUAGGCACCAGCCCAGGCAUCCCCAGCAAUCAAGCUGUGUUGAUAGACAAUGGUGACCUGUCUCGCUUCACAGUGAACCUGUACGCCUUCCUCUUCGACAACAGCAACUCCCUCCAACUAUCGAUCUUCUACCGCAGCAGCACCGACCGUACCCAGUGCCUCACUACCUGCAUGUUACGAAAUCUAUCUUCGUGGAUGUGA